AUGACCUCAUCCUACCUCCCCGCCCGUGGCGGCUUGCUGGCCGACAUGAUCAACGAGUACCCCGCACUCCAGGACGACGGCGGGCAUGCUCCACGAUCAACGGCCCCGACCUCAUACCCCUCGCUCCCCGCCUACGCGCAGCAGCAGCAGCAGCAGCAUCCACUGUCGCUCGCCAUGCACACGCCCCCUCAAGCACAGGCACAUGGCAACCCGCUCGGCUACCCUCCCUCGACGUCGGCAUCGACCUCAUCCCUCGGCCUCCUCGCUGCGCCAAAGCUCGAGCCCAUCGGCGAGGACGAUGCAAGCGUGCCCUUCUUCUACUGCAACAUGCUCCAGGCCGGCCUCAACACCAACGCCAACCUGGACCCGGCACAUGGCAUCCCCUUUGCACACGAAGGACCGCGGUCCACCAUGACAGCCUCGUCGUCGAGCCUCGGCGACGGCUUCGAUGCCUGGUCCGCCUUCAGCGGCGACUCUCGCCCGCAGACGACCAGCUUCACCGCGGCGUCCAACGCCUCGGACUUCGGCACAAGCCUCGAGAGCUUCUCCUUUGUCCCUUCGCCUCAGCGCUCACCAACUCACGGCGAAAUGGCAUCCGACCCGCUCUGGGAUGGCCCGGCCGGCUUCACCCCCUCCGCCCAUGGCCCGCUCGACCCAAUGCCACGCUCCUUCACCACAGCCGAUGCAACGUCGUCGCGCCCCUUUACGGCGCAGAGCACCGCAUUUCCGUGCGCGCCACCGCCGACAUCCUGGGGCCUCGAUCCGAUCCCCGACAUGUCUCUCGGCGCCAUGACGCUGCAGGACGGUCAGCCUUCGCCCAGGCCAUCUGAGCCUUCCACGGCGGCGGCGGCCACAAGCCACGGCCCUGCACAGACCCACGGUUGGUCCACGGGAGACAGCCUCGCCACCUGGCUCAACCACGACGUCCUCUCCGACCUGCUGGACGAGAUCAAGGGCGAACAUCCGGGCCCCAUCUCCGAGGAGGUCAAGCAGGACCACGACGGGCGUCCCGUGGCCGUGACGGACCGCGUCAGCCUCUACCGCCGCCGCCGCAACGCCAUCGCCCAGCUGCCCCUGGUCGUCUCGUGCGGCGUCCUUUCGGCCAUGGUCUCCAACGAGCCAGAGAGCGGCUCAGACAUUGCUCAGUCGUCGUCGCCCUCGUCUUCUUCCGACGAGGAUGGCGACGAGAUGGACGACCAAGACAGCAGCGGCGUCCUCUCGCCGCUCAGCUGCCCCCUCUCGCCCACCGCCUGUCCGCUCUCGCCCAAGUCGAGCCGGCCACGCAACAAGGUGGCGCGCUCGGCAUCGUGCUCCUCGAUGGCCGAGCUGCCCGAGAUGCACCGCACACUCUCGUCGUGGAACUUUGCGUGCCGCAGCACGGGCCGGUACCGGAGCAGCAGCAGUGCCGCCGCCUCCAAGUCGAACAAGCGCGACAAGCAGGACGCCGUGCGCGACGCGGCCGCCAAGGCGAGCAAGGCCUCCGCUGCCAAGCGUCGAGGCCGCCGCCCGCGCAGCCAGAGCCAGGCCACCGAAGCGAUGGACAUCGACCCGGCCGAGUCAGACUCCGAGGCCGAGCUCGCCUCGCCCAAGAAGACGGCCGACGCCUGCGCCAAGACGAUCGCGGCCAGCAGCCAGCCGGGCAAGGCGGCGGGCAAGCCGAAGCGCAGCUCGGCCAAGUCGGCCAACGGCAAGAGCUUCUCGAUCAUGAGCCGGAUCGUGCUGCGGCCGCGGCCGGGCACCGAGGAUGAGGAGGUGGCCUACCCGUGCCUGCCCGACACGCUCGAGGAGGCCAAGCGCAACAAUGGGCCGAGCAGCGACAUGACCCAGGGCGAGGAGCCGACCGACGAGAGCCAGAGCCUCUUCCCCUCGGAUCUCUACGCGCCCCGCCUCACGCGCCGCGGGCCCAACGGCCGCGAGGGCUGGUGCUCGCUCUGCACCGAGGGCGAGUGGUACUCGAUGAAGCGCAGCCAGUACCUCUACCACAUCCAGUACGACCACGGCGUGAGCAGCCUGACGCGCAAGGUGUUCCACGCGCCGACGCACAUCCGCGUGUGGAACGACGCCGUGGAAAAGACCGAGGGGCUGUGCCAUCACUGCCAGCAGUGGAUCCCCAUCUGCUUUGGGCCGGUGCGCAAGCGCGACUUUAAGGCGUGGUUCAAGCACGCCCACAAGUGCCACCGCGACAAGACCGGCUGCCCCAUCUAG